UUUUCAUUUGCUUUGUUUCUCCGUUAGCGCAAAUGGCGUUUGUCACUGCCAAUGCUGGAGUUAAAGUUAAUAUCAAGAGUCAACCAGAUGCGUUCUGGACUCAUAUUCAACUGUCCACAAAUUGGUUUCGUGUUGCCGUUCCUGACCUAUAUACAUCAAUAGUAUUGCCAGAUCCCAGUAACAGUGCGGUGCGCACAGUCACGUAUGGCCAAAGUUCUCAGAAUAUCAAAUCCUCGACUGAGCGCAUCACCGAAAACAGUCAGGCAAAAUUAACUUACACUGUAACUGCCGGUGAUAUCCUCCAAAAAUAUAAAGUCAACACCUUCCAGGCUACAAUACUUUACCCAAAUGACAAAUGGGUGGAAUGGAACUGGACCUACAACUAUCUCCCAGAGGACCAAAAAAAUGUUAUUGACCUUGAUGCAGACAUUGCAGAGAUUGCAGCGAAGACGCUGGCAAAACUUGAUAACUACCUUAAAAAACAGUAGCUCUAAAUUGCAUGGACGACCUGACAGCAUACAUAUGCUAUCUAAAUAAAGCAGACUCCUACUCCUAUGUAUGCUUAAUGCUCUGCACUUGUUAUGCUUAUGUAUUUUUCUUAAUUUAAAUAAAAUCUAGCCUUAUGGCUGGUUCAUAUGAUA